GUCUGAGGCGGAACAAGCUGACAACGCGUCUUAUCGGACUGUCAAACCAGUUCAGGCCGUUCCAGGAGUAUGUUUGCACUCUUACGCUGUAUAAAAUAAAUGAGCUAGGACUGUCACUGCCACUGCUGUUUCUAAUGUCUUUGAACUAGUUGCGGUUCGAGCCCAUGCCCCUCAAGCUGUGCCAAUGCCGAGGAAUGGAUACUAGUGUCUCUGUCAACGGUGGAAACAUGGUCGCAAGUGAUGGUGAGCAUUUGGAAGGGACCGAUAGCAGUAACGUAGGGAUGGACGCGCUUCACCAGUGCAAACUCAUUCAGAACCUGAUCGAGAUCUCCAUCUCCAGUCUGAAGGGACUCCGGACCAAGUGCGCCGCAUCUAACGACCUGACACAACACGAGAUACGCGCUUUAGAGGUGAAGAUAGUGAAGUACAUCCGUAAACAGUUAGAGUGGAAGCAGAGUGUUCCAGGAAGUGACCGACCGCUGGCACUGGACUCAUACCCACACCUCACAGACUGGCUCUACACCCUCAACCUCAGGCCAGAGCUCAUAGAGGCAGUUCCAGUGAAGUUAUCGUUGGAUGCUCUACUGCAGAUGUCCAGUGCCCAGGUGGAGGAGACCAUGAAAAGACUGGGCUCCAGUGGUGAGGAGUGUUCCCGCAUCACCGCUGCCCUCUCCUGUCUCAAGAGCGCUACUGACACAGGAGGUGAACUAAGGAAAGGGGGUAUCCCCUGGAUUGCAGAACCCACUCAACGUGACAACAGUACCACUGCUGACCAGCUGACCUGUUCCAUACGUGCACAUCGACCUUACAGUCCCAGCCCCAUCAGCCGUACUCCUCUUACCCCUUCUGCUGUCCCUGCCCCUCGCUCCUGCAUCUCUGUUUCUGCCUUGCCCUCUACGGACUUCCCUACAUUUGUCCAUACAUGCUGUGAUGGACUGACAGACCCCUUUCCACCCUCACCACAGCUCAACCGCUGCACAUCUGGGCUGCUCUCCACCCCCCCAGCUACCCCACCAUCGAAGAGGUAUGGUAAGCUGAUGCUCCCCCGGACCCCACCAGCUCCCCGUCGCAAACUGCUGAACCUCCUGCCCAACAUCACACUCAGACGUAGCAAGAGCCAGAGCCAACUGGCCAACCAGAUAGAGGACCCCAUGCCCAACAAAAGUGGGAAGAAAAACAAGCCACUGCCGAAUGUGCAGAUAAACGGUGGAGGGAAUGUCUGGGAGGACUCUCACUCGAGGUCGCCGCUGCUGUCGGCGCGUUCCCCCUGCAUACUACCAAACACCCCCACUCAACUUGGGGACCCUACGGGGGUAAGAAAUAAUGUUGCAACGCAUGGAAGCUCUCCGCUAAUUAUGAGGAAAGAUAUUGGUCUAGAUGUCACACACAGGUUUUCCACCAAGUCCUGGUUGUCUCAGAUGUGCCAGGUGUGCAAGAAGAACAUGAUGUUUGGUGUAAAAUGUAAACAGUGCAAGGUAAAAUGCCACAACAAAUGUACCAAAGAGGCUCCUAAGUGCAGAAUUUCAUUUUCACCAUUUCCAAACAAGAUCAGAAGAACAGAGUCAGUUCCGUCAGGUAUUAACGACAAGGUGGAGCGGCCGGCCGAAUCUCAUCAGUAUGGAACGUUACCGAAGGCAAUAAACAAAAAGGACCACCCUCAGUCACUGAGUCACCUGGACUCCAGUAGUAACCCUUCCUCCACCACCUCCUCCACCCCCUCCUCACCUGCCCCCUUCGGUCAGUCCAACCCCCCAAGCGCCACCCCGCCACCCAACCACUCCCCUAAGUGUCUCGUUGACAGUCGCUUUCACUUCCCAGAUGUAUCUAAUUCCAUGCAUUCAGAUGGCUGCUACAGCACGGGAGAAACAGACCAUGUGGAUGGUAACAUCAUUCAACAGUCGGCUAGCCAAAGGGAAGCUGUGAAUGAAGAUUGUGAAGAAGAGCAGCAGGGGGAAGAGGACGGUCAGGGUCAGGAAGGAUCAGGCGAUGAAUGUGAAGGGGAUGAACUAGAUGACCUGCCCAGCUGCAGGGGCUACUGGAAGGACCACAUCAGCCGUAAGGCCAGUCAGACCAGUGUUUACCUGCAAGAGUGGGAUGUUCCCUUCGAGCAACUGGAGCUCGGAGAGUUGAUCGGUAAAGGCCGAUGGGGGAAGGUGUACAGGGGCCGCUGGCACGGAGAGGUGGCUGUUCGCAUGUUAGAGAUUGAUGGAAACAACCAGGAGCAUCUGAAGCUGUUCAAAAAGGAGGUGAUGAACUACCGGCAAACGCGACAUGAGAAUGUGGUUCUGUUUAUGGGGGUCUGCAUGAACCCACCCCAUCUGGCCAUCAUCACCAGCUUCUGUAAGGGACGGACACUGUACUCGGUUGUCAGAGACUCUAAACUUGAUAUCAACAAGAUAAGACAAAUCGCUCAGGAAAUCGUAAAGGGUAUGGGCUACCUACAUGCAAAGGGAAUUGUGCACAAGGAUUUGAAGUCCAAGAAUGUGUUUUAUGAUUCAAACAAAGUAGUCAUAACAGAUUUUGGCCUGUUUGGGAUGUCUGGAGUCGUGCAAGAGGACAGGCGGGAAAAUGAACUGAAGCUGCCACGUGGAUGGAUCUAUUACCUGGCUCCUGAGAUCGUGCAGAAGAUGGGACCAGGAAACCAGGAAGACUGUUUGCCCUUUUCAAAUGCUGCUGACGUUUACGCUUUUGGCACCAUCUGGUAUGAACUCCAGGCCAAAAACUGGCCCAUCACCAACCAACCAGCUGAAGCUUUGAUCUGGCUGGUGGGGAGUGGAGAAGGCAUAAGAAGGUUACUGGCCCAGAGGGGUACUAGCCUGGGCAAGGAGGUUACGGAGAUCCUGACAGCCUGCUGGUCAUUUGAGGUGGUAGACCGGCCUACAUUUACUCUCCUAUCAGACCUACUAGAGAGGCUGCCCAAACUCAACCGCAGGCUCUCGCACCCUGGACACUUCUAGAAGUCUGAGGAGUAUGUAUCCUAGGUUUGAACGCUGGGAUGCUUAAGACUUGAUACCCCAUUUCCCCACUGGUCUAGAGAGUGAACUCUACUAACUGAUCGCUUGGUUUGAGCCAACAUUUUCAUUUUCAAUUAAUUUUUUUAUUCUGAGCCUUUUUUAACCAUCUUAAUUUCUGAACGUAUUGGGUAAGGAUGCUGUGCAUGGAUCAGCAGGAUGUGUGCUGCUCAUUUAUGAUCAAACACAAUAUAGCCUAUUUUAUUGGGUAGGAAAUCAUUUCCGAGAGCGUACUUGAGUAAGCUGGAAAGUGUAUGUUUGUACUACAAAAAGUGCAAAUAUGUGUAAUGCCCUACCAUUAGAGAAUUGUCUUUUAUUAUUCACCAUAUAACAGUUCAAGGCUCAGGUUGUGUUCUGAAAAUGAGCGGCUUGAGGGAAGGUGCCUCUUAUAACCUAUAGCAUUUUGAGGAGGUUCAUAUACACCAGUAUCUGGCCUGUGGUCAGUUAUGCACAUCUAUAAUACAUAGUUAAUAUAUGACACAAUCCUUUAUAGAACAUAAAAUCAUAAUGUCUCUGUGUUUUGUCUGUGUUAUUUUUCCUGUGGCUCUCUGACCUUACUGGGAAUGGUUCAAACCUGUGAUUUUUCCUGUCUCUACUUUGAUGCCACGAUCUGUGUUCUUCAUACUGUACCAAAUCCUUCCAAAUCCUUCCAUAUCAUGUUUUCCCUCAUUCAUACUGUGAUUCCUCUCUUCUGUUUGUCGAUUGGCCGGAUGUUUAGUGCAUGGUAUCACCACUGUCUGCGUGAGCACUGUAGCCAGGGCCUCCGUUCUCGCUGUCCCUUCAUGUACAAAAAUGACGGUUUUAGCACAUCUGCCAUUGACUGCAAAAAGUAUUUACUGAAUCAGUAUUUUUGUCCCUUUUUUACAAUAAAAAUACCUCAACAUCAUUAAAACAUGAUCAGUUUACUACAGAAGCAAACCGUAUGAGAAAAUAAGACUUGUUUUCAGAGAAUAUACCUUCAAAAUAAUAAAAAUGUUCUUGCCCCAUUGGCAAAAGUUUUUUCCCCCUUCUUUAAAGCAUAAAUGUCACUAAAUUUAAUUAGAUUUAUGCUUAAAACAAGAAAACCAAAAAAAAAAAAAAACGAUAUGCUAAUAGGGUACUAAAAAUAAACUUAAUUAGUGUCUUGUUUUAAGGAUGUUUAGAUAUUUUUAAUGGAAAUCAAGACAAAAUAUGGAUCUUUUUUUACGGUUUUUAUUUUUAUUCCUUAUUCAUUUUUUUAAUCGGAGCCUUUGAUAAAGAAAUUGUCUUAUGUACCGUUGCAAUGUUCACAUUGAUGUUGUUGUUUUUUUAGCACAAUCUGGAAAUUGACAAAGCUAAUGGUAGUUCAAACUUUAGCAUCUCUAAGCCUUUUCAACUUUGGUCUGUAUGCACCUAUUGACUUAUACCUAAAGUUUUUUAAGUAAUUCUUGCUAAAGUUGAGUUUGUGAGUGAAAACAUGCUGUUGACUACUGGAUAGGGUUUCAGCACUUUAAUUCAUUUUGCAGACAUGGUGGCAUUGUUUCAUAUUUCUAUUUUGUGUGCUGUGUCAAUGGAAUGAGAUCACCCUAGCUGUCUGCUUAAGUCAGAGAAACAAGAACUGAUAUUGUUGCAAACCACAAAGCAUUGUACACAACAGUACUUUCACAAGUAUGAAGAAAAUUACCUUUAUUUUAACAUAUGUGAAGUCUACUUUGAGUAGUAAUGUCUUAAAAAUCUAUCCAUACUCAAGAUAUUUAACUCACAUUUCUGGUAAAUAUAAAGUUGUUUGUAAGAGCAGGAGUGAAAGAUGUUUUUUGACCCAGCAGGACAAUGUUCAGGAACAUUCAAUGUAAUACCUCUCUCGUGUGUGUGUGUGUGUGUGUGUGUGUGUGUGUGUGUGUGUGUGUGUAUGUGUGCGUGUAUUUAUCACUUUGUGGGGACCAAAUGUCCCCAUAAGGAUAGUAAAACCCAAAAUUUUUGACCUUGUGGGGACAUUUUGUUGGUCCCCAUGAGGAAAACAGCUUAUAAAUCAUACUAAAUUAUGUUUUUGAAAAUGUAAAAAUGCAGAAAGUUUUCUGUGAGGGUUAGGUUUAGGGGUAGGGUUAGGUUUAGGGGAUAGAAUAUAAAGUUUGUACAGUAUAAAAACCAUUAUGUCUAUGGAAAGUCCCCAUAAAACAUGGAAACACAACAUGUGUGUGUGUGUGUGUGUGUGUGUGUGUGUGUGUGUGUGU